AUGAAGUUGUGUAGCCGUUAUUAUCGGGGAGGAAAACGUGGUGCAGAACAUUUUGGAGCGCUGGGAUCGGGCGGAGAGGCAGUGGUGGAGUGGUGCAAUGGACCUUGUUCCCGAUUCCCCCUGGAGUCAUUCCGGCCACCUUUACUGUUAACCAAGGUUCCUAGACAUCCUUCAGUUGAGGACUGCCUGACUGUUAAACGGAGUUUUAUCGUUUCCUCAGUCGGAUGGGCCCUUCGGCUGAAGUUGCGGCGAACCGAGGACCCACGUGCAGCUAGCGUAGAUCCGGCAACGCCGCGUGCGGCCCGGGCCUUACGCAAGCAUUUCAAGGCCGUACCUGCCGCCCCCCACCACACCUCACUGUCUCUCACAUUGUUAGUCAAUUCUUGCCGAGCCGCUUACCCCAGUCCUCCUCUUCGCCGGUAUCUCUCCUCUCGAGUCGUUCCUUAUGUCAACAAACUUCAAUCGGUUGACGAUAUGCUUGCCGGAUGGCUCAAACUUGGAACCUCGACCUUGAAAGCAGCUGUUGCGCUAAGCCCAGUAGCUAGUUCCAUAUUUGCUUUGGCCAGCCCGUUGCCCAACACCGCUCCAGGCACUCUCCAUAACGAUGCCCAUUGGUAUAAUUUCACCAGUCCGUUUCCUAACAGGCCUGGUGGGUCCCUAAAGGCAGACAUGUCUGGCAGUCCACCUGUCCCCUUUUUGGCAACACUAUUUACCGAAUACCCGACCAUUCGUGGUACAGGUAGAUAA